AUGUCCAAGCAGGAGAGCGACGCGGCGAAAAAGUCGUCGACGGGGGAUGACGAGCCUGAUGACUGGGACAAGCGCAUCUUCAGCACGGGUUGCGCAGACGAGAAUGCCAAGUUGACAGAUUGCUAUUUCGAGAAGAAGGACUGGCGGCAGUGUACGGCCGAGCAAACACAGCAGCAGCAACCGAUAGACUGGUCAACAUCCUACCACGGCCUAGGCACGGCCCGCUUCCCCAAAGAAGUCGUCGACAUCCUCCUCCAACCCGUCAACCCGUCCGACGUCGAAGUCAAACCCGACGGCAUAAUCUACCUCCCCGAGAUAAAGUACCGCCGCAUCCUCAACCAGGCCUUUGGCCCAGGCGGAUGGGGCCUGGUCCCCAAGGGCGACGUCGUGGUCGGUGAGAAGGUCGUCACUAGAGAAUACGCUCUCAUCGCGGAAGGCCGCUUCAUCUCCCAAGCCCAAGGCGAAAACGGCUACUUCUCCGUCGAAAACCUCCCCUCCGCCGUCGAAGGCUGCAAAUCAAACGCCCUGAUGCGCUGCUGCAAGGACCUCGGCGUCGCCUCGGACCUCUGGGACCCGGUGUUCAUCCGCCAGUUCCGCAAAGAGUACGCCGACGAGGUCUGGGCCGAGCACGUCACCACCAAGCGCAAGAAGCUCGUCUGGACGCGUAAGGACGUGCCGUUGGCGUACCCUUACAAGAAGACGAACUGA